CCUUCUUUAUCUGCCUCCAUUGACACACUUAAUUAAGAACCAAAUUAUAAGCUUCUUUGAAGUUUUGAGUAAUAAAUCAAUUGAGCAAAUGUUUCCUUUCAACGAAAGCGAUCACGAUGAGCUGGUUUUUCAGAUUCCCUCUAUUCUCUUCGAAGAAAAUGCAGACAAACAAGAUCCAAUCAUGGGUUUUGUUGCACCGGAGAGUAGUAAUCUUACCGCGGAUACAGUUGGGAAAAGGCCGCAAAAAUUAGUAGAAAAUACAAACAAUAGCACGCAGAAAAUCGUUCACAAAGAGAUCGAACGGAAGAGAAGGCAAGAAAUGGGUAACCUUCAUGCAUCGCUUCGAUCCCUACUCCCUCUUGAAUAUAUCAAGGGAAAGCGUUCAAUGUCAGAUCACAUUCAGGAGAGUGUGAAUUAUAUCAAACACCUAGAGAAGAACAUCAAACAACUGAGUAUUAAGAGAGAUAAGCUCAAGGACAUGCCCAAUUCAAGUGUUGUUUCCGGGACAAGUUCAAGCUCAAACAAUUCCUUGCUCUAUAAUGUCACAGUCAACCCAUGCCGUGGUGGUGUUGAAAUUCUGAUCACCAGUGGCUUCAGAGAGGAAGUGUUUCCCCUAUCAAGAGUGCUUCAAAUACUUCUUCAAGAAGGACUUGAAGUUGUUAGCUAUGUUUCCACUGAAGUAAAUGAUAGGUUACUUCACACAAUCAGAUCUGAGGUCAGUGACCCUACAUGCAUUGAUCAAUCUGUGCUACAACAAAAACUAACCGACAUGAUUAGAAGCGAGUUGAAUUUGAAAUGAAGUGAAAUUGUGAAGAAAGUUGCACACUUAAAAUGGCAGCUUGUAAGAGCAUUGGCUCCCCGACUAUUGAUUUUGGAUCGGUUUUGUGAAAGCCUGAGACCAUCUCUCAAGGGAGUGAUUGUCUUAUCACUCGAGUGGUAGAUUGGUGGUGGUCCCGAUUCUAGUGACACAUUUUUGUGAUACAAAGACAUUUAUGAAAUUUCCAAAGUUGUUUUUAGCAUGUUUUUGAGUCAUUUAUGAACUGGAUUCAUUGAAAGACUUAUUUGGUCAACUUGAACUUCCAAAAGUUUUGUUUUGUAUGUUUCCUUCUUGGUUUUGUACUUCGAGCACAAGCAAACCAACUUUGGCUUAUAUUAGCUUUAGAAAGGAAAUUUUAACUACAAAUAUGUAGAGGGUCUCUUUCCUUUGAUGAUUGUCCGUCUUUGGGUGUCUCCAUUUGGGGGUUUCUCUAGUAGCUCUUUGGUAGAAUUUUAUUCUUUGUGUGCUCUUUGAUCACUUU